CGAGCAGGAGCAGGAGCAGGAGCAGGAGCAGGAGGCAGGCCGCCCCAAGUGGCUGCUGUUCGCGAGGGAGCAGAGCGGCAACGCGCUCGUCUUCACGGCGGUGGUGACGCUACAGACGCGCAGUUUCGUGGCCGAGCUCAGCGUGGAUGACGACGCACUGAAGCAAGCGAGGAGCUGGGGCUCGAGAUGGACGCGGACGCGCUCACGGCGCUGCUGCAGAAAGCGUUGGGGCAGCGCGAGUGCGUGGACGUGGAGCUGGAGGCGGAGGGCGACGCAGUGACGGAGGUUUUCCUGUCGCUCACCUACAAGUUCAGCCCCACGAUCUCCCGGCGGGGGCUCUUCCAGCUGCCCAUUGUGGCGUCCGACGCGCCGCAGAGUCUGGUGACGCUGCUGACGAGUGUGCACGCUGCACCCCCGCAGUCCAUGCUCUCUGAACUUCAGCAAAGGGAGAAGGAGGAGCAGAGGGAGGCAAUGGUGGCUGCCAAGGUCAGGUCAGCCACUGGAGAUCAGAAGACGAGCAGCGCAAUAGCCACCCAGGAGACGAAGGAGGUGGCGACUACAUCGCAGAGCUCAGAUAGUGGAGCUGCCACCCCAGCGGUGAACCCGAUGGUGCUCAAGAGGAGACACGUCCCCACGGGAACCACGAGACGGAAGGGUCCUCGAGGUGCCAAGUUGGCAAAGAAAUAGAGUUGAGCACCAUUUGCAUGGGGU